AUGGUGGGUGCACCCUCUGCAUCUUCCUCGCUUAAGGAGUACUUGAAAAAGUACCAAGAUGGUAAUGAUGAAGUGGACAAAAAGAAGAAGAAAAAGAAGAAAGUCAAAAGUACUGUUAGUACCGGUGUUUUAGUAGUCGAUGAAGAUCCCAAAUGGCAAAAGCCAGUGAAUAUUGAAGAAGAAGAAGUUAAAGAUUCAGCGGAUGAAGAGAAGCCCCAGAUUGAAGAAGAUAUUGAAGUCAAACGAAUGAAGAGGCUGGAAAUGAUCAGAUCACGACGUCCUUUUGGUGCCAUAUCUGAGGAUGGAAGUGGCUGGGUUUCAGUUUCUGAUACUCCUAAACUUUCACAAUCUACCAAUGUGGUCUCUGAUAGCUCACCACCACGGAGGAAACGAGCUGAUACUCCUUCUCCAGAGCAUAAUCUAAAGCCGACAAAUGAAACAGAUCUUGACUUGUCACCUCCUCGCAAAAGUAGAGCUCGGAAUGAUACGCCCUCUCCAAAGCGUUAUGUGAAACCUUCCAGUCGACCAGAUGAUGAUCUGUCACCUCCUCGCAAACGAGGAUCUCGACAUGGUGCACCUUCUCCAGACCGUCGGAAGCCUACCAGUGGAGCAGAUCUUGACCUGUCACCUCCUCGCAAACGAGGAGCAUGGAACGAUACGCCUUCCCCUGAUCGUGAACGAGAUCGUGACUUGUCACCCCCUCGCAAACGAAGAGCGCGGGCUGAUACACCAUCACCAUCACCUUCUCCAGGUCGUGAAAGAAGGUCUACAAGAGCUGCAGAAGAUCUGUCACCCCCUAGGCAAAAACAGAAGAGGUCACGACGACCAGACCGUGAUUCCUCUCCAUCUCCGGAAACUCGAAAGGUUUCAAAACCUGUAGUUUCAGACAUUGACAUGUCUCCUCCGCGACGUGUUCGUCAAGGUCAUCCACGUGCCUCUCCAAUGACAGAUAUUUCACCCCCAAGGAAAAGCAAAAAUAAUAUAUCUGUUUCAGAUGAAGGCAAAGAUGCACCAGGAUCUCCGGGCUUAGACCUCUCUCCACCGAGGAAAAGGACUAAGGAACCAACCGCUUCAAGUCAGCGGGCGAAAACUGGUCUAGUUACUGGUCAAGACAUAAAAGAAGAAAUUGAUAGAGCAAAGAAGGAAGACUUCCGGAGGUUUAAGGAAAUGGAUCCGUCUAUAAGUGGCAGAGGUGCUGAACCUGUAUAUCGUGACAAAGUGACAGGUGAGCGAAUGACCAAGGAGCAGUUCCUGAAAUCCCAAAAGAAGGAAGAAAAGCCCAAGGAAAUAAAACUAGAGUGGGGCCAAGGGUUGGCACAGAAACGAGAAGCCAAAGCUAGAUUGCAGGAGUUGGAACGUGAGAAAGAUAAACCAUUUGCAAGGAGCAGGGAUGACCCUGAUCUUGACAAAAUGCUCAAGGAAAGAGUCAGGUUUGGUGAUCCCAUGGCUCAUUUGGUGAAGAAAAAGCACUCGGAGCCACUUUUGGAGGAUUUGGGCAAUGACGAGAAGAUGAAGGAAUCGGGAUUUAUAAUUCCUCAAGAUGUUCCAAGUCACAGCUGGAUCAGAAGGGGAGUACAUCCUCCAGAUAACCGAUAUGGAAUUAAACCUGGAAGACACUGGGAUGGUGUUGAUCGCAGUAACGGAUUUGAAAAGCAGAUGUUCAAGAGGAUGAACGAGAAGCAAGCUUCAGAGAGGGAGGCGUAUCUGUGGUCUGUAUCUGAUAUGUAA